AAGAGAGUGUAAAAGUCAAAUCCCUAUCCAUUAAAGCUCACCCAACCAACCAACAAACCCAGCACCACUACACAGACACUGUUGAUGGACCAUUGUCUCGCACGCCACCCCAUCCCAACUCUCCCGUCUCCACGCCUGCCAUCCCUUCAAAAACCCCACAAUUUCUCUUCCAAGACUGCGCUCAAGUUACCCACCAAGCCCAGGGCCUUCGCGGUGAUUGCGAGCGCCGGGGCAAGCCACUGCGAGCCCACACCCAGUAGCAGCCUCAACUCGCCGCUCGAGCCCAGGUCCCUGCCGGGGAGGUUCCUCAGCACCGUCUUGCAGAACCACCGCCAGCUCUUCCACACCGCCGUCGCCGAUGAGCUUAGACUCUUGGCCGACGAUCGCGACGGCGCCCUAUCCCGCAUGCUGCUCAGCGCCGGCUCCGACGAGGCCUGCCUUCACAGGAGGGUUGCACAGCUAAAGGAGCAUGAGUGCCAAAUAGCCAUUGAAGAUGUGAUGUUCAUGUUAAUCUUUUAUAAAUUUUCUGAGAUCAAAGUCACUUUGGUUCCAAGGCUCUCUAGAUGCAUUUAUAACGGCAGACUAGAGAUAUGGCCUUCAAAGGACUGGGAGCUGGAGUCCUAUCACAGCUUGGAGAUUUUGGAGAUGGUCAAGGAACAUGUCACUACUGUCACCGGCUUGAGAGCAGAUUCUAGUGUCACAGACAAUUGGGCAACAACUAAGAUCACACGACUCAUGCUUGGCCGAGUAUAUGUGGCGUCCAUCUUAUAUGGCUACUUUUUAAAGUCUGCCUCCUUGAGGCACCGGUUGGAGCAAAGUCUAGCUUCAGUAAACCAGGACCUUCGUCUCGGGCAUAAGCCUCCCCUUCAGUUUCAGGAGCUGUGCCCUUACGGAUUGACAAGUCUUCUCUUUGGCCGUAUCAGUAGCAUGCAAUGUGUGUCAACUAACCAGGAAGUUAAACAUGGAAGCUUGAAAUGUUAUGUGAUGGGGUUUGAUCCUGAGACAUUACAGAGAUGUGCAAAACUUAGAUCCAAGGAGGCUGUCAGCUUGAUUGAGAAUCAUAGUCAUGCUCUUUUUGGGGAUGAGAAGACUGGUUUAGUUGAGACUGAUGAGGUGAUCCUGACGUCGUUUUCGAGUCUGAAGAGGUUGGUUUUGGAGGCUGUUGCUUUUGGUACAUUCCUCUGGGACACAGAAGAAUACAUUGACACUGUGUAUAAGCUCAAGGAGAAUAAUUAGUUGAAAGGGUAGGUUAUUAAAUAGCAGCCAGAUUUGUUGCUUUUGAGUAAUACUCUUGUAAAUAGAAGUUCUAAUAUAUGCCCUUUCACUCUGGUUUGCAAAUGCUUGACAAUUUUCUGAUGUAUACUGUAAAUUAUUUUUCAUUAUAUAUAAUGCAGAGUCUGUUUAUCUCA